GAGAGAGAGAGAGAGAGAGAGAGAGAGAGAGAGAGAGAGAGAGAGAGAGAGAGAUGGGAGCAGUUGCUACAAUUUUAGUGCUUUGCUCAAUGGUCAUAGCCAUGCCGAUGGUUCAUGGCAUCGAUGAAUCACCUCAAGCUGUGGAAAAAUGGUUCGAAGAGCUGGGCCGCAUGAAAGAAAAGGUAACAAAGAUCCACUUCUAUUUGCACGACACGGUGAAUGGCAACAACAUAAGUGCAGUUGAAGUGGCCGGAGCCAACGUCACUUCUCAGUCACCCACGGCCAAUUUCGGGUCAGUUUACGUGGUAGACGAUCCAUUGACAGUUGGGCCCGAGCUCAACUCCACGAUACUAGGCCGAGCUCAGGGGAUGUAUGCAUAUGCUGGGAUACAGGAAGUUGGUAUACAAAUAAGCUGGAACUUUGUCUUCACAAGUGGAAAGUACAAUGGUAGCACCCUCAGCGUUUUGGCCCAAGAUCCGAUAUUCCAUAUGUACCGUGAAAUGCCCAUUGUUGGAGGGUCUGGUGUUUUCCGGCUAGCACGAGGGAUUGCCACCGCACAAACGUAUUCAGCCAAUAUCACCUCCCUCAAUGCUGUCCUUGAGUUUCAUGUUAUUGUCAUUCACUAUUGAAAUGAUUAUUGUUUGGUUCAAUCGGGAAUAAUUAGUGGUUUGCAAGUUGUGUA